AUGAACUUACUUUUUAUCCCGUUAAUUUUAAUUCUAUCAUUAUUAUUUACACGACUUUACCAUCCUCUCUCAAUGGGAUUGACCUUAUUAAUUCAAACUGUCCUAAUUUCGCUUUCAGCCGGAUUAAUAACAUACACUUACUGAUUCUCUUAUAUUUUAUUCAUAAUUUUUUUAGGAGGUAUAUUAGUAUUAUUUAUUUAUGUUACUUCCUUAGCCUCAAAUGAAUCUUUUUCAUUCUCUUAUUCUUCUCUCUUUUUUUCGACUCUUUUAAUCUUUAUUCUCACCCCACUCUCUAUUCUAUGAGAUCCUUUAAUAAGUGAAACAAUAACUAAUUUACCCCUUUCAUCAUUAGUAUCUAAUUCAUCAAAUGUGUUUAUUAUUAGAUGAAUUUAUAGUACUAACUUAAUAAAUUUUACUUUAUUUAUUAUCCUUUAUUUACUUCUAACUUUAAUUGUUGUAGUAAAAAUCUCUAAUUUAUUUAAAGGGCCUUUGCGACUAUCUCCUUAA